AUGGGGAUGGAAGUCUGCAAAACCCGCGCCGCGCCCCUGGCUCUGCUGGGCCUUUGCUUCGCCACGGCCGUCAAGUCGGCGCCUCUGGCCGAUGCUGGACCGCACGUCUACUACGGCUGGGGGGACCCUAUCCGGUUCAGGCACCUCUACACGGCCAGCCGACACGGGCUGUUCAGCUAUUUCCUGAGGAUCCACGGCGACGGUCGAGUGGACGGCGCCGCUACUCAGAGUCGACACAGUUUGCUGGAGAUCCGAGCAGUAGCGCUUCGCACGGUGGCCAUCAAGGGCGUGCACAGCUCUCGCUACCUGUGUAUGGAAGAGGAAGGCAGGCUGCACGGGCUGCUUAUAUAUACCACAGAGAAUUGUUCAUUUGAAGAGGAGAUACGUCCAGAUGGCUACAACAUCUACAAGUCAAAGAAAUAUGGAAUCUUGGUGUCUUUAAGUAAUGCCAGACAAAGACAACAAUACAAAGGAAAAGACUUUCUUCCAUUGUCUCAUUUCCUACCUAUGAUGAACACUGUGCCAGUGGAAACUACAGAUUUUGGAGAAUAUAGUGAUACCAGGCAAAAUUUGGAAUCUGGCAUUUUUCAUCAACCAGUUGAAACUGACAGCAUGGAUCCCUUUGGUAUCACUUCUGAAGUAUCCUUAGUACAAAGUCCUAGUUUUGGUUAGUAAUUUCUGUUUCGUUAAUUAGAUUUUAUAGAGAUGUUAUCAAGAGGUUAGGAUUAUAUUUGUUGAAGUGAUAACUUAAGCAUGACAAAUGUGUACAUAUGAUGCCACCUUCGUAAAGCAAUACUAAUUCCAAGAAAACUACCGUAUUUUUCAGAAUAUUAGAUGCACCUUUUCCCCCAAAAAAGGAGGGUGAAAAUCUGAGUGCGUCUUAUAUACUCCGAAUGUAGCCCCACCCAGCUUCUCAAAGGGAGGUUUCAGAGGCUGAAAAAAGCAACAGAAACAAAGCUUCAGAAAAGAAGCCCCCAAACAGAGCUUCAGAGGCUUUUUUCUGAAGUUGUUUCGGAGGCUUUCAGAGGCAGAAAAAAAAAGCAAAAAAAAAAAAAAAAGCAAGGCACAGAGCUCACAACCAAGGACAUAUCUACCUGCCAAUCAGCUUUUUUCUUAUUUUCCUCCCCAAAAACUAAGGUGCGACUUAUACUCUGGUGCUUCUCAUAUUCUGAAAAAUAUGGUAUACUCAUUCACCUUUCUUUUCUCUCAUCUGUAAAAUAGUUAGAAAAGUUCCUUCUAAAUGUUUUAUUUAGGAAUGAGAAACAUUCAAAGCCUGCAGAAUUUCUUUUACUUUGGAAGAUCUUUGGAAAGAUAAACCCAUAAAAUUGUUACUGCUUCAUUGCUUCCAAUUACCUCUGAGUCCCAAUAACUGCUGUUCAAUCAAAGAAUGGGUCAUCCCUGUUCAAUGUAUUUAAACAGAAUAGUGUUAGAAAUAAAUUAGCCACAACUAAGUAAACAAAAAGGAACUAUACAUUUUUGAUACAUGUUAGAUCUCACUAUGUUUUGCAGACUUCUGUG